GAAGGAGGGCGCCGGCUGCAGCCUGUAGUAGCGCCCGUGGGUCUCAGCCCCCCCUUAGUGUCAGCCCAGCCCGGGGGGGGGUGCGAGCAGCAUGAGAGUAGUGGCCUUAAUCAGUGGUGGAAAGGACAGCUGUUACAAUAUGAUGCAGUGUGUUGCUGCUGGGCAUCAGAUUGUUGCUCUAGCCAACUUAAGACCUGCUGAAAACACAGAAGGGACAGAUGAGCUGGACAGCUACAUGUAUCAGACAGUAGGACAUCAUGCCAUAGACCUGUAUGCUGAAGCAAUGGAUUUGCCUCUCUAUCGUCACACCAUAAAGGGUACCAGUGUGGACACUGGAAGAGUGUAUACCAAGUGUGAAGGAGAUGAGGUCGAAGAUCUUUAUCACCUUUUGAAACUUGUUAAGGGCAUCGCUAGUGUGACCUUGCCUGCUGAAUAUGAUGUUGUGGGUCUGCAAGAUUCUCACAUGCAUUUGGAAAUGAGCGGGCGCAUUGUUUACAGGACGCCAAAUGAACUGUGCACUUAUAGCAAGUUUGAUAAACACACAUUUCCUCCUUUUAUCAGUGAGAUUGCAGAAUGUGAAGUAUGA